CGCCCCCAGCACCCCCGCAAUAAGCACCGCCCCCGCCGCAGUACCCCACCUUGCACCGCCCACCAACCGGCAGGGGGGCGGGACCGGAAACGCGAUCCGAGGAGACUGAACCUGGAAUCCGCCCCGGGCGCCGGGCCAAUGACAGCCCGGGAUCGCAGGGCUGCUCCGGGCCGGGACUUCCUGCGUUCUAGGUCAGCCAGUCCGGCCGCUGCGGCGGGUCGCGCGCCCGCGUCUCCCGCCCUUUUCGGAGCUAGGGGGCCGAGAUCGGGGGAUGGGCCCCUGCUCCGCCCGGCGCCCCGGAGACGCGGGUCCGCCAGGUCCGCCCGCGCCUCGCUUCCCGCACGCCGGGAUCAGCCGGGAGCCCCAGGCCCGCCGUGCCCCGGGGUCAGGCGAAGCUGUUCGGUACCCGCCGACUCCGCUGCGAGCCCCGGCAAGGAUGGUGGCAUUGGGCGCUGAUCCGUCUCCGGCGGCUCCGCUGCGAGCCCGGGCAGCGAUGGUGGUGGCGACGGCGCUCAGGGCCCCUGCACAGGGCUGUGUGACCUUUGAGGACGUGACCAUUGACUUCUCCCAGGAGGAGUGGGGGCUCCUUGAUGAGGCUCAGAGGCUUCUGUACUGCGAUGUGAUGCUGGAGAACUUUGCCCUUAUAGCCUCGCUGGGUCUGACGUCUUUCAGGUCUCACGUAGUUGCCCAGCCGCAGAUGGGGACAGAGCUGUGGGUGCCUGACAGGGUGGACAUGACAUCAGUCAUGGCAAGAGGGGCGUACAGUGGACUUGUCUCUGGUGUUGGCUGUGGAGUGGAGGGUGAGCGUAGUGUGUCUGCAGAAGGCGUGUCACAGGACAGGAAGCUCAAGGAGGCUCUGUGCAACCACAAAAACUACUCCCAUGACGCACGUGGCCUGCCCGUGAAAGACGUUUUGCACCUGACCGAACACCAGGUAACACAUCCCAGGCAGAAACCAGAUGCGUGUGAGGCUACUGGGAGAGGGUCGGAGUCCAGUACAAACCUUCAGCAGCAGCAGAACAUAGACCAGCCUGGCAGAAGGGAUGAGGACAGGGCCUCCCUUGUGAAGACCUGCAGAGAUGACACAUCAAAGGAGCCUCUCACAGUCAGGGCGGAUGGGAAGGACUUCGCGGGCGGUAAGGCCACAUCCGGCUUUCUCCAGCGCCAGGUCGUUCACAGAGUGGAGGAGCCUCCCCAGAGCACUGGCCCACAAUGUCACAACAAGUGCAGUGAAUUUGGGAACGCUUUCCCUGACAAGCCCGCACCUGUUCGGCACCAGAGAACCCACACUGGGGAAAGGCCUUUUGAGUGCAACAAAUGUGGGAUAUUCUUUAGCCACGCCUCCGGCCUCUCUCAGCACCAGAGAGAUCACAAUAGAGGAAAGCCUUAUGAGUGCUCCGAAUGUGGGAAGUUCUUCAGCCGACACUCUAGUCUCAUGAGACAUCAGAGAGUUCACACUGGGGAAAGCCCUUAUGUGUGCAGCGAAUGUGGGAAAUUAUUUAGCCAAAGCUCCAACCUCAUUCAGCAUAAGAGGGUGCACACUGGAGAGAAGCCUUAUGAGUGCCGUGAGUGUGGGAAGGCCUUCAGCCAGCACUCCAAUCUCAUUCAUCAUAAGCGGGUCCAUACGGGCAAAAGCGCUCAUGAGUGCAGAGAGUGUGGGAAGUCUUUCAACUGCAACUCCAGCCUCAUUAAGCACUGGAGGGUUCACACUGGAGAAAGACCUUAUAAGUGCAAUGAAUGUGGGAAAUUCUUCAGCCGCAUCUCCAGUCUCAUCCAACAUCAGAUCAUCCACACUGGUGAACGGCCUUACAGGUGCAGCGAAUGUGGGAGAUCCUUCAUCUGGAGCUCUGACCUCAUGAAGCAUCAGAGAGUCCACACUGGGGAGCGGCCUUAUGAGUGCAGCGAAUGUGGGAAAUUGUUUAGCCAGAGCUCCAGCCUCCAUAGCCAUCGGAGACUUCACACUGGGGAACGGCCAUAUCAGUGCCCUGAAUGUGGGAAAUUCUUUAAGCACAGCUCCAGCCUCCAUAGCCAUCGGAGACUUCACACCGGUGAGCGGCCUUAUGAGUGCCUCGAAUGUGGCAAAACCUUCAGCAAGAGGGCUACCCUUGUCCGGCACCAGAAAAUUCACACAAGAGAAAAGAGUGCAGAGAAUGUGCACCCUCCCCCAGCACAACGAUGUGCACAGGUGAUAAGCUCUGAGAACCGUCUUUAUGAAGGGGCCAUCAGCCAGAGGGUGAACCUUGUUCAUUCCAAUGUCCACAAUGGGCAGAGUCCCUACGAAUGCUAGUUUUGCUGGAAGCUUUCUGGAACAAAGUAGCAUUUUUCUCACCAUGGACUCUACCAGAGCCUUGCCACUGUGAGUGUUUGAGGUAGAAGCCAUAGAGCUCUGGCAGGUCUCCCAAGAAUAUGUGUCAGCCAGUCCCUGUGUUUGGACCUCUUCCUUUUCUGAGACGGAAUCCUGAGUAGCCUGAGGCCAAGGAAGAUGUCAUUUCUUCCCUCUCUGACCAGCGUAGCUAUGGACAUGACCCAUCUUUGACUGUGAAGACCUGAGCUGGGUUCUGCUGGCAGCUUGCAGAGAAAGUUUCCCUUCUUUCAAAGACAUGGCUGAUCUCAUAUGAUGCUCAUAAUGGAUUUAUCCAGACUCCACAUUACCCAUCCCAACAAGCACCUACUUUACAUUGCCUUAAUGAUCAAGCCACCUUUAAUCUGAUGUGUUUUGAUCAUUGGGAAGUGGGUUGAGAACACAGUUGAGGUCUACCAAUCAAUCAAAAAGGGUUUCUAAAUGUAUUGCCUCAGAGGAAGAGCAGGAUGGUGAAGAAUAGCUCUCGGUCCAGAUUUGGCCUCCUUUGUGUUGCUACUCAAGGUCUCCUGGGAAUGAUGGUAGGAUUUUCUGGGCCUAAUGUUGGGAUCUGAGUGGCGGGUAUUUUUGUGAGCCAGAGAUGACCCUGAG